UAGUAGCACUUCUACUUCCGUCGAGUCAAGACGCGCGCGCUCGUAAUCUUCGUCAUAGCCGCCUUUGUCGAUGUGCCUUGCCAAGCGAGAGACCCCUCGUUCAAAAAUCACCUUGGUGCGACGAAUAGAAUCCGUCGGUUGCUGUGUUGCGUUUUUUCUGGUUUUGGGAAACUCAAAUUUCAUCGUCUGGAUUUCUUCGAAUUAAGUUUGCGUGAGGCUUGCGAUGUGGUUUUGCAGUGAUCGAAAGUGAUUUCGGUGCAGAUUUCUUAAUAAUUGCGAAACGGCCUCGGAAAGUGAAUGCGUUCUUCCUUUUUGGGUCAUCGAAGAAAAGUGAAACACUUUGUGGGCGGUUCGACUACUCAGUCGGGGAAGCAAGUGGAAAAGUGUGGAAAUUUGAAGGAAAUUUUCGAUUAACCGAUAGACGAUGCAAUAAUGCAUGCGAGUGAGUGCAUUGGAGGUGCAGUCUCCCAAGCUCUAUGAGUCACGUAACGUUACAUAAGGCCACCGGAGUGGACGGAAAGUGAAUGCUGUUUGUAGGAUUCUACUGGGCAAAGCUCUGAGCUCUGUCGAUUCCGAUCGUUGCGCGGGGCCAGUUUAAUUCAUUCAUCAAGUAAUCGUGGAAAGACACCUACGUACGCAAGGCCUACUGCUCUGCUCCUCCUCCUCCAGACUUCAAACUCCAGAGUGCAUAGAAGUUGCUAUUGAGAGAUCACAGUUGGCGCGAGAAGUUGUUUACUUCGAAGGAACGUGGGCGCGCUGGAAAAUAGGGCCGCUACUUGUGGGUGAAGAGUGAGAGUGUGAAACUCUGUUUGAUCGGUUUGUUAGUGAUUUGUUUACUAUUUCCCAAUAUCACGUUGAUCGGCGAGUAGUUUUGAUUGGCGCAAUCCGUUCGUAGCAGUUCCAGCAUAUAACGCAGACAGCGUUGAGUUUGGCGCCAGAGCCCCGGUUGGUCACCUCCACGGAGUAGUUGUUUUAGGAAGCAGUGAAGUUCUUAAGAGUGAAGCAUCAAGAUGGGGAUCUUCAGCUUUUAUGGAAUGAGGAUAAAGCAGGCUCCGAAGAAAAAGGACACAAUGACACAGGGAGGAGGCCAACAGCAGAGUGGAACGACACCGGAGGACGCUGUGCACCAGCAGAUUCCGAACAUUGCCGGUACGAUCACCGAUACUCCCAAUCACAAGCAGAUUCACCAACAUUCACAGCAGUUCCUCAACGGUGGCGGUGGGGGAGGAGUUGGCGUCCACCUGCACCAGCAUGCCCAUCUACCUCAGCUGCAUCCGUACUCGUCGUCGGUAACCGGCGGAAGUAACGGACUGUUGGCCAACGCAGCCGGAGGAGGUGGUGGCGGUUCGGCCCCUUCGACGCUGACCAGUGGAGCAAAAUUACCCGCCAAAACGUCUCCCAUUGGACCGUCUCCCUUCCGACAAUUGCUUCCGGUGGCCCUCUGCAUCAUCUCGUUCGCCACGGUGCUCAGCAUACUGAUCAUCUACAUGGACACGACAGAAAUUCGACACCAACAGUUCCGGCUGAACAUGUCCCGCGACUACGACCUGAUGGGCGUUCCCCAGGAUAACCCCGCCCUGGUAAAGUACGUCCGCGACAUCCACAUGAAGAAGUACCCGAUGACGUUCAUGCGCAACGCCAACACCCCAAUGGAGCACCUGAAUUUCACCAACCGGCACGAGCUUACCCCCGAGAUGGCGCACUUCAUUUCCGAUCUGCUCGGCAAGAAGCGCUUCGGAACGUUCUUCCAAUCCCUGACCGGCAUCAGCGAUUCCAUGAUGACGGCCCCCUGGCUGGCCGAAACCAUGAACUGGGGCGGCUAUCUGGUGGAACCCGAUCCACGAAAGUACUUCUCGCUGCGCAAGCAAAACGCCUUCCGGCCCAACGUGCAGGUGAUUCACGCGUGUCUAUCGCCCAACACCUACCCCAAAGAGGUUACGCUUCACCACGACGACGACAGCGAGGUGCGCAUCAACAGCGUACUGGACGAGGAAACGGAAUGGUUCCACCCACGUGUCAAAUGCUUCCCGGUGUACACACUGAUGUUGGCCGUCAACAGGACUUCGAUUGAUUUGCUCAGCCUCGGCUGCCAGGGACAGGAGUUGCAGAUUCUCCAAACCAUCCCGUUCGACCGGGUCCACGUGAAGGUGAUUUCGAUCCAUCUGGUGCACUACUACGAGGAGGACGAGAUGAUCAUCGACGUGGACGAGUACGUGCAGAACAUCACCCGGUUCCUGCUGAGCAAGUCGUACAAAAUGGUCCGCAGCUACGAUCGCAACUUCAUCUACCAGUACGUGAGCGUCAACAGUGGCCUGGGUGCCAGCAUCAGUCGGGUGAACAGCGUGGCCGGACCGAGCGAUGGCAGCGUGCCUGUUCCGGGCGGGGGCAACGGGGAAGGUGGUAUCGGUGGCAAUCUUGGUGUCGGGAGUACCAAUAGCGGCAGUAUUAGUAACGUGAAGACCACUAGUAAUAAGAUUAGCAAUAGCGAAAAGGGUGAGGUCGUGCGGAAGGUGGUCACAACGACUUCGCCGACGGCCUCCGUGUCGACGGUGAAGAUUGCGGUAGCCGCCGAAAUGCUGCUGGAGGGUGGAAGUAGUAGCAGUAUCAGUACUAGCAGCAGUGUGGUAAGUUCGUUGGUGAAUGUGGAACGUGGAGCGAUCGUGGUGGAAGAUCUGGACGAACCUGAAUUGCAGGCAUCGCAGGCAUCCAGCUCGCCACCGAUGGUUACAUCGCUUUAGGCGGACAUGUCCGGGAAGCAUCCGUUAGUUGCCUUUGUUGUAUGACUUCGCGAUAUCUAGAACUGCGCGAAUUAGGGUUGCAGUCUUUUAAACGAAACACAAAGCUACCGAUUCAUCAUUCCAGAAGGACGGUUACUUGCUCUCUAUUUUCUCUCAGUUGGGUCGUGGCUGGAUGCGGGAAACGAUUGGCGAGCAAGUGCGGCUGGCAGAUUGUAUUGUAGAUAUUCGAAAGUUAAGGAAAAGUAGAAGAGUUUAGCCGAAGAAAUCCUAUCACCGAAACACGGGUUCACAACAUUUCCUUUGAAUUACUAUAUGUUAGCAUUUGUAUGCUUCAGUUUUGCAUUUCAUUCAACGCUCUCUGUACGGACCUGAAAGCCGUACGCAAACGAACAGGAGAUAGACUAUAUCGAAAUAUAUUCAUAUUUAUUGAAUUCUAGCCCCUAGGACAAAUAUCAUCUACUUAUUUGUGUCUGCGGCGAACUGUUUCGCAGACAUAUUUUAACAGAUUUUCAUUUUGGAGAAACAUAAUUGCUCAAAAAUUACGAAUCAUGAGAAUAAAUUUGUUGAAUUCCUUCAAUUCGAACUUACUAGGUUCGUAGAUAUAUGAAAUUUUGAUUGGAUUUGAUAACAAACGUUCUGAUUACUGCCCUUUAUUGGGGCGCUCUUUUAGAAGUAGGUAAAUUAUGCAGCAAACUUAGAGUGAAGGGAGUCAAGAUGAGUCAUAGUGUUACAACGUUCCGAGCCAUUUGUAUUGUAGAAAAUGAUUUCCUGAAAUAACGUUAGACACAUUAUAUCGUAAAGCAUUGAAAUGCCUUCAUACUUUUGUAUCAAACAAACGAAAAUGUAAAAUGUUAGUCUCAAAUUUAUCUAAACUGCCCUUUACUCUAACAAAACGAUGCAUUUUCAACUAAAAAUUAGUUAAUAGAAAAUUAAGUGAAAGAUGCUUGAAUUGAAGCCGCAAAUAGUAUUAUUCUUCAUACGGAAAGUGUAUUCGAAUUAUUUCUUUUAAUGAAAUUGUGGCGAUUUUAAACAUAAAUUCUACUUACUACUUAGAACCGCGCCUAACAUUGGUAAAAUAAAACCUUUUUCUUUGUUCAUCAAACUAAUAAAAACGGAACAUGAAUGUAGUUUUAUACAUUUAUCAUUACUGGAGAGCGACAAGUUUGGUAGCGAACCGCGAACGGACACUCUGAAACUGAUUAACUAUUAAGUACCUAUCAUUUUACCGAACUGUUGGAAUUGAAAUACAUUGAUGAACUAUAAUAGUGAAAACAGCGA